AUGAGCUUAGAUUAUCAUUUGCGCAAGGAAAAGAGAAAAAAGAAGAGAAAGGAGAAGAAUGUGGAAAAGGUGAUGAUGAAUUUGUACAAUAUUUAUCAUUGAAAAAAGAGUUUUGGGAUUUUGGGAUACCUAUACAAUCAACAUUAUUGGAAUUACCUGAAAUAAAUUCUACAAGAAAGAUUGAAUAUGAGGCGA